AUGAGCACGGAGCUGAGGUCUAGAAAGAAACUUAAGAGAGACGUCCAGAUAUGGUUGGAAGAUGUUGAAAGAAUCGACGGCGAAAUACAAAGCCUUGAUGGAAGAAUUGGAAAAAGCAGUGCUAUUACACGUGGAUUUCGUGCAGAAGAUGUUUUAAAGAUGCUAAAGGAAGUGGAAGAACAUAUUCAAAAAGGUAAGUUUCAUGAAGGUUUGGUUGUUGACAAUCCUCAAUGGAUUGGACAAGUUUUAUCUGUAACAGCUUUAUCAGGUGAAGCUGCACAGGCCUAUAUAGAAGAAAUUUGGCUGUACUUGAUGGAUGAUGAGGUUCAAAAGAUAGGGUUUUGCGGGAUGGGAGGAGUGGGGAAAACAAGCAUUAUGAAGCUUAUAAACAAUCAGAUUUUAAAGGAGACGUGGAACUUCAAUAGUGUGAUUUGGAUCACUGUAUCAAAGGAAAUGAGUACUGCCAAAUUACAAAAAGACAUUGCAAGUAAAAUUGGAGUAACUUUUUCUGGUGAUGAAGAUGAAACAACAAAGGCAGGGAUGUUGUUUGAAACAUUGUCUCGAAAAAGUAGGUUUUUGAUGAUCUUGGAUGACCUAUGGGACAGGAUUUUCCUUGACAAGGUAGGAAUCCCUGAGCCAUCUGCUGGGAGUACAAUAGUGCUAACAACGCGAUCAUUUGAUGUGUGUCGACAAGUGGGUUGUUGUAGAGUAGUUAAAAUAAAUCCCUUAGCGGAAGAAGAGGCAUGGAACUUGAAUGCACUAGAGGAAUUAAGUUUAUACGUUAAAAGUGUUAAUGGAUUGGAAGAUGAUGUUUUGCAGCAGUUGCGAUUUAGUUAUGAUCGUUUGAAGGAUCUAAAACUCCAACAUUGUUUCCUCAGUUGCGCAUUAUAUCCCGAGGAUUUCAGAAUCAAGGAGGAGGAUCUUAUUCAACUUUGGAUUGCUUUGUGGAGGAAAUGGAUAGUAGGCAGGCAGAGUUUGACAGGGGGAUAUGGCAUUAUGCAUAACAACUGGAACACCUCGAGUCUUGGUAGAAGCUGGUGUGAGAUUAAUGGAGCCACCAAAUGUGCAGGAAUAGAACAAGGACCUGGAGAAGAAGGCUUCUUCAAGCAUAUGCAUGCACUUAAGAUUCUUGAUCUUUCUAGAAAUCCUAUCAUGAGCCUCCCAAUUUCCAUAGCAAAUUUGAAGAAUCUCACUGCAUUGUUACUUGGUGAAUGUCAAAAUUUAGAGAAGGAGCCAUCGUUGUCAAAACUUAAGUUUUUAAAGGAGUUGGAUCUUCACGCAACAAAUAUCAAACAAGUACCUCAUGGGAUGGAAAACUUGUCAAGACUCAAAUACCUAAAUCUGAAUGAUGUUGAGCUAGAUGAGAUCCCUAUUGGAAUAUUAUCAAACCUCUCUUUGCUUCAAAACUUGAUUAUUGGUGAAAUGUUGAUAAGGGGAGAAGAGUUACAUGGAUUGAAGAAGCUGGAAAUCCUUAAAGGAUUGGUUUUGAAGAAACUACCAGAAUUAAAGAGUAUUUGCAGCGCCGACAGAGUAGUGGUUUGCGAUUCUCUUGAUUAUAUAUCUGUGGCCAAUUGUCUGAAACUAAAAAGGAUGCCUCUUUAUCUUUCCCAUCUUCAUAAUUUCCAACCAUCUCCAGCUCUCUCACUCUCUGUUUAUAUUGAGCCAAAGGAGUGGUGGGAAUCAGUAGAAUGGUAUCAUCCUGAUACCAAGUCUCUUUUGAAGCCCUUCUUGAGUUUACUGUAG